UACUACUACAAACUGAUAACGGUCAGAUAAGUAUGAUUUGAACCAUGCCAAUGCAAUUCCACUAAUGCCAACAUCAUUUUCGAGUCUGUUUAGAAGAAUAUUGUGAUCAAUAGGCCAAUUUCACACUUCCGCGUUAGUUGUUUCCGGUAAUGGCCGCCGCAGUGUAACUUUAUUUCCGGUAAAAACUAUGGCGGAGUCCAGUAGCAGGUCGUUCUGUUGUGUGCCUCAGUGUAGCAAUUCAAAACAAAAACAACCUUAUUUAAGUUUUCACGACUUCCCAUCAAAUGCACUUCAAAGAAAAAAGUGGGUAUGUGCAAUCAGAAGAGAUGAAGGGCCGACAUUUGUAAUUCGAAGAGCCAGCACGUUAGUCUGUAGUCAACAUUUCACCGCUGCUGACGACAUUCAGGGAAGUUGUCGUCUGAAGGUUGGUGUAGUUCCCAGUCUUUUUCAGUGGAACCAUUUUUAUGUACAACCUCAAAAGCAGUCUGCAUACGAGAGAUCUAGCGCUCGACAAGGAGUAGAUGUGCGUGCCCCGAAGACUGUGGAUGUCCCGACUAGUUUGGAAGUUAGCAUCAAGGACCAUGACUACGCGGCACACACCCCUCCCGGUGCACUGGAUGAAGCCUUGGAAUACAUAGCAGAGCUGGAAACCAGACUAAAGAGAAUUUCACUGGAGACACCAACUACUUUUAGUAGGUUUUGUGUGUCUGAUCACACAAUCCGCUACUACACCAGGUUUCCCUCACAAGAAGUGUUUCAGAUCUUCUGGGAGUCUGUUUGUCCAUCUGCCACAAACCUUGUCUAUUGGACAAAAGCACAGAGGAUGGGUCAAGAAGCUUCCCCGACACCAAGUCCUGCAAGGAAAGUCCAGCUCAUUGAUGAGCUCUUCAUGUACUGCUGCCGUGUAUCUAAUGGCCUUAGGGAGAGAGUAAUUGCUGACAUCUUCAGUGUAAGCAUGGCCACAGUAAGCAGGACAAUCAUCACCUGGGCAAAUUAUCUGUACUUUGUUUUAGGCUCGGUACCCAUUUGGAUGUCAAGGGAACAAAUCAGCUCUUCCAUGCCUGAGAAAUUCAGGUUAUUCAGUCCAAAUGUACGAGUAAUCCUGGACUGUACAGAAAUUCGCUGUGAGAGUCCCACAUCUCUGACACUCCACUCAGAGAUAUUCUCCAACUACAAGAGCACCACAACAUUCAAAGGACUGCUUGGAGUGGCUCCAUGUGGUGCAGUGACCUUCAUCUCUCGUCUGUACACAGGCUCAAUCUCUGACAAAGAGAUUACAAGGAAGUCUGGCAUCUUGGACCUGCUUGAACCUGGAGAUGAGGUAAUGGCAGACAAAGGGUUCAUAAUCGAGGACAUGCUUACCAGUGUUGGCGCUAGGCUGAUUAUUCCACCUUUCAAGCGUGACCGGCAAUUCAGCAAGACAGACUGUGAAAAAACACAAACCAUUGCACGACUCAGAAUUCUGGUGGAAAGAGUGAUCCGAAGGGUUAAAGAGAACCACAUUUGGGAUUCUGCUGUACCACUCAGCUUGUCAGGAACAAUUGAUCAGAUCUGGCAUAACUGUUGUUUUAUGGUCAAUUACCAGGGACCAAUGUUUCUUGAGCAGUAAAUGAUUUCUGAUUUGUUACAUUGUUUAGUUUGUUGUUGCUGUUAUUAUUCGUUAUUGCUAUUUUACCUCACAUCUACUUUUAAAGAAUGAUUUCUUAAGAAAAUUAAUAAUUACAAUAUAUCCUUUUCUUUUUCCCUUUUUCUCAGAGGCAGAUUCGUUACUUUAUAAAACAA